AUGCCGCUCAACAUUGAUGCCGCUCUAAUCAAAAAGGCCGCAAGAUUAUUAAAAGAUGAACAAUUGACUGCUGAACAACACAGUGCUUAUAAAUUACACGCUCAAAGACGUAUACAUUUUAAACGUUUAAAAAUACACAUAGAUAACCGUAAUGAACAAUGGAGUAUAGAUCUAGCAGAUUUAAAACAAUUAUUAGGGUAUAAUGAUCAAUAUCGUUAUCUUCUUGUGUGUAUUGAUAUUGCUACACGCUAUGCGUUCGUAAAACCCCUAAAAAAUAAAACUGCUAAUAAUGUGCGCAAAAAAUUCGAAGAAAUUUUAAGCGAGGCGGGUGGUGCGCCAAAAAAAAUUCAAGCUGACGAGGGUACAGAGUUUAACCAAAUAAAAAAAGAUCUUUCUAAAAAAUACGGCUUCACUCUGUUUCACACACAAAACCGCGAGACAAAGGCCGUGCACGCCGAACGUUUUAUCCGAACAUUUAAACAAAUGAUUACACGUUCGUUAACCACUUUGAACAUGGGGUACCGUUAUAUAAAAUACUUGCCCACAAUUGUAGAACGAUAUAACGAGGCGCCGUAUCGGGGUAUUUUUGGUGCGACCCCUGUAGAUUUGUAUGUACAUCAGAAAAUCCCAAAGAAUUUUCAAUUUCAGCUUGUAAAAAGAGAUUUAAAUACACACGCACAACCCACACCCGAUUUAUUACGCAAGGGGACUUGUGUGCACAUAGCGCAUAUCAAGAAUAAUAUGUUUGAAAAAUCUAGUUUACAACGUUGGGUAAAAGAAAUAUUUGUUAUUCAUAAAGUGUACAUUACCGAUCCUGUAACAUAUAAACUACAAGACAGUAAAGGUGAAGAUAUUAUGGGUAUAUUUUACCGCCAGGAAUUGCAAACAUUAAAAUGA